AUGCAUCCAAAUUCCCCUAUUUAAGUAAUAGAUAAUGAAUAAACUAAGGCCCAUGUGAUUUCGCAUAGAAAUGAUCCUAACGAAAGUGCUAUAUAUUAUACAAUAUAAAUUUUAGAUAAAACUGGGGAUAAUUGGAAAAUUGAUAGAAGAUUCUCAUAAUUUGAAGAGUUAUUAAAAAAAUUAAAGGUAUUUUUUGGAGAAUAAUUGCCAUCCUUACCAAAAAAGAAAUAUAUAACAUUUUUAUUUGGUAGAUCUAUAGAGGAUAUAGAAAAGCGAAAAAUAGGACUAGAUUAAUUUGUCUAGGAUUUGGUUAACAGACCUGAAAUUGUAGCUUCUAGUCCUUUUACAGAAUUUUUUGAGAUUGAUAAGAAUGCAAAUGAAAUUGUUGUUAAUCCUCCUUAAUUACUCUAUGAACUUAAAGAGUUUUAACUAGGAGUAAGAGAUUUUAUCCUAAAUACUGAAUCUGGCUUGAUGUUUGUUCUUGCUUCUAAUUGCUCUGUAAUAAAUAGAAUCGAUGCCUACUUAACAAAUAUGAAGGCACCUUGGGAAUUUAAAAAAGAUGAAGAAGCAUAAUUAGCAGUAGGGAGUGUCGAAUGUUGGCAUUAAACAUUAAAUGGGGAAUAUAAAAAACUAUGGGCAAAAGUAUACAAUUCAUAGGCAAUAACAUGUUAUUGGGAUCAUAUCGCAUCUGUUCUUCUUAUUGGAUUAGAUAGUGGAUAGAUAAAUUAAUUAAUUGUUCUUGAGCAAGAAGGAUUCUAAAGAUACUCAGAUAGUUAAGAAUAUGAGUAACACAAAAGUAGAAUUAUGGGCUUGUAUUAUGAUAGAAGAAAUAAAUAUAUGCAUUCAAUUUCGAAGGAUCGUAGAUAUAAGGUUUUCAAUUUGCGGAUGAAAGAUUUGGUGGCAGAUUUUAUGCCAGACUAGUAUGAAUUGACCAGUUUAUUAGCAAGUGAUGAAAGAAGAAAGGUGUUUAUUGGGGAUAGACAUGGUUAAAUCUUUAUUUAUGAUAUAGAAAAAUAAAUGCCCUCUUAUAUGAUUAAAAUUGUAACGAAUCAACUAUUUUUAAGAGGAUUAUUUAUUGAUCAUUAAAGAAAUUAUUUAUUUUCAAUUAGUCAUGAAAAUGGGGUCAUUUUAAUAAUUGACAUUCAAAACCCUGGGUAAGAACAAUUUGCCAAAUAAAUCACAAGUUUAAAUGGAAAACCUAAGAGUAGAGAGAUAUGCUGGUCUUCCAAAAGAGGUGAAAUUUAUGUCGGAAAUAUCGAUGGUACUGUCACUAUUUGGGAUGCCCGAAAUUCCAAUUAAUUAUCCCAUGAUUUGGACAUUACUAAAGUGCAUUGGCUAGAAGAAGAGAGAAAAUUAGUUACUGCAUCAAAGGAUAAAAGAAUUAAGGUUUGGUAGUUUCCAUAAUUUUGGAGAGAUCCAAAAGUGAUGGAAAAAGAACAUUAGAUAGAGCAUUCAAUAACUUUUAAAAAAUUAAGAGAAUCUUUAUUUUAAAAUUAAAAAGUCUAAAUAGAUAUAAAUCAAGAAGAUAAUGAAGAAAAUGGUAUGAUUUUAUGGGAUUAACCAUAAAAAAAGUAUUCUGGAAAUAGUUUUGAGGAUUAAACAGAAUUAAAAUGA